UUUACAUUUUGUUUGGAGAGAGAUGAGUUUCAUGGAUCAGGAAGAGAUGAAGGAGAAGAAAGAGAUUCAGAGAGAGGAUCAAGAGUUGGAAGAAACAGAGGCAGAAGAUCAUGAAUCAUUGGAGACAUCGAAGAAAGCACUGGUAGUCCAACCUUGGACAAAACAAAUUACUGUAAGAGGAUUCAUUUUGAGCAUAGCUCUUGGAGCUAUGUACAGUGUGAUAGCUAUGAAGCUGAACCUCACAAGUGGUUUGGUUCCCAAUCUGAAUAUGUCUGCUGCUCUUCUUGCUUUCCUCUUCAUCCAAUCGUGGACAAAGAUGCUUCAGAAAGCCGGAUUUGUUGCCAGACCUUUCACCAGACAAGAGAAUACUAUGAUUCAAACAUGUACGGUUGCUUGUUAUAGUAUUACAGUUGGAGGUGGAUUUGCUUCAUAUCUAUUGGGAUUAAACAGGAAGACAUUUGAGUUAUCAGGAGGAGCAACAACUGUUGGGAACUCUCCAAGUAGUAUAAAGGAACCUGGGUUGGGCUGGAUGACUGGUUUCCUCUUUUUAGUUUGCUUUGUUGGCCUUUUUGUCCUAAUUCCUUUAAGAAAGAUUAUGAUAGUUGACCUCAAAUUAACGUAUCCAAGUGGCUUGGCAACAGCAGUUCUCAUCAAUGGUUUCCAUAGUCAAGGAGAUAAUAUGGCCAAAAAGCAAGUGCGAGGAUUCAUGAAGUGUUUUUCAGCAAGUUUUUUGUGGGCAUUCUUCCAAUGGUUUUACACUGGAAAAGAAGGAUGUGGGUUCUCUCAGUUCCCCACCUUUGGACUGCAAGCUUGGAAGAAAACGUUUUUCUUUGAUUUUAGCUUGACUUAUGUGGGGGCAGGGAUGAUCUGUUCACAUCUGGUGAACUUGUCUCUGCUUCUUGGUGCUGUCCUCUCAUAUGGACUAAUGUGGCCAUUAUUUGAUCAGCUUAAAGGAGACUGGUUUCCUAGCAAUUUAGAAGAAACAAGCAUGAGGAGCAUAUAUGGUUACAAGGUCUUUCUAUCAGUUGCUCUUAUUCUUGGCGACGGGCUCUACAAUUUCGUCAAGAUAAUGGGUAUCACAGUCAUUGGUCUUCGCAGCAGAAUAAGAAAAAAGAAGCUCAACACAGGACAAGAGGAGGAAAAGUCAGUUGAAGAGCUGAAGCAAAAUGAAAUCUUCCUGACAGAAAACAUUCCGAUGUCGAUCGGAGUCAUCGGAUACGGUGUCUUCUCCAUCAUGUCUAUAAUUCUGGUCCCAAUCCUGUUUCCUCAGCUUAAAUGGUACUAUGUAGUGGUAGCUUAUAUUCUAGCUCCAUCUCUAGCAUUUUGCAAUGCAUUUGGAGCUGGUCUCACUGACAUAAACAUGGCCUAUAACUAUGGGAAAGUGGCUUUAUUUGUGCUGGCGGCAGUGACCGGGAAAGAAAACGGCGUGGCGGCCGCGCUUGCUGGCUGUGGACUCAUCAAAUCUGUAGUGUCUGUGUCUUGCAUUCUGAUGCAAGAUUUCAAAACAGCUCAUUUCACCCGGACUUCACCUAGGGCAAUGUUCUUGAGCCAAGUCAUUGGAACGGGCCUCGGCUGCAUAAUAGCUCCUCUCAGCUUCUUCCUCUUCUACAAGGCAUUUGAUGUGGGGAAUCCAAACGGCGAUUUCAAAGCUCCCUAUGCAUUGAUAUACAGAAACAUGGCGAUCCUAGGAGUUCAAGGGUUUUCAGCUCUGCCACAGCAUUGUUUGCAGCUCUGCUGUGGAUUCUUUGCUUUUGCAGUAGCCGUUAACCUGGUGCGAGACCUUUCGCCGAGGAAGAUCGGGAAAUGGAUGCCGCUGCCGAUGUGUAUGGCAGUGCCCUUCCUGGUUGGGGCGUACUUCGCCAUUGAUAUGUGUGUGGGGACUUUGGUUGUCUUUGUAUGGCACAAACUCAACAGCAAGAGAGCUGACUUCAUGGUUCCGGCAGUCGCUUCGGGAUUAAUAUGCGGUGAAGGGCUAUGGAUACUUCCUGCUGCUGUUCUAGCCUUGUCCAAAGUAAAACCUCCAAUAUGCAUGAAUUUUUUCGCUACCUAGAGAAAACUCAACCAAAUAUUGUCUAUGAGAACUGAAUAAAGAGCAUGAACUAUAUACAUAUGCAUUUGGAAUUACAGAAAUAUGACUGCAUAUUUUAUUGC